AGGGGCCGCCAGGUGGCGCCGCCGGGGCAAACCUAGUGUGCUGCCUCCAAGCCUGGGGGGUGGGGUAGCAGCCACAGAUCCUCAGCCCCGACUUGGGCCGGGUCGCGGGGCGUCAGUAGCCCAGGCCGGGAAGCUGACCCCUCGGCCUCCUCUCUGAACUGGGAGGGCUGGAGUGGGUCCUGCCGCGGCGGCUUCGUGUAAAGCAGAGGAAGGGGAGGAGCGAGCGCCGCCGCGCCUCGGCCCUUUGUGUUUCAACAAUGACCAGCUGCUGCUGGCCUCGGGCUCCAGCUCGGGCCGAGGGUGACCCGCCCUCGGAGUCCCGAUCCGAUCCCCUCCGAUCCGAGCACCCCGAUACAUGAGCACCGGGCCUGGCAGGCCCAGGGGCCCCUGGCGCCUCCGUGCCAGCCCCUGCGUGCGCCCCGGUCGACACGCGUGACGUGGGGUGCUUGCGCGUGUCUGCGCCCCGGGGCGGGGACGCCCGGCAGACCCUCCCCCGCGCCGCGCGCGCCGCCCACUCGGGCCGGGCGGGGGCUGGCCGGGGCAGGGGGCACCGCGGAGGCGGGGCCGGGUCGGGCCAGGCCGCGCUCGCUCCCUCCGAGUGGCCGCGCGCGGGCUGGAGCGGGCGGCGCGCCUGUGGAGCGCUGAGGGCGGCCCGGGGCUGAGCAUGGAGCAACGCGGUGGAGGUUGCCCCAGAGGCCCCUGGCCAGGCCUGAGCCUCUACCACCAUGGCCAUUGUUCACACUCUGCCAGUCCCACUGGAGCCCACGCCUGAGGCUGCCACUGCCCCGCAAGCUCCAGCCAUGGGCAGCGUGAGCAGUCUCAUCUCUGGCCGGCCCUGUCCUGGGGGACCGGCUCCCUCUCGCCACCACCCUGCUCCUGGGCCCACGUUCUUCCGCCAGCAGGAUGGACUGCUGCGGGGUGGCUAUGAGGUGCAGGAGCCACUCUGCCCAGCUGUGCCUCCCAGAAAGACUGUCCCUGCCACCAGCUUUACGUACAUCAAUGAAGACUUUCGGACAGAGUCACCUCCUAGCCCAAGCAGUGACAUUGAGGACACCCGAGAGCAGCGGGCACACAAUGCGCACCUUCGGGGCCCCCCACCCAAGCUCAUCCCUGUCUCUGGAAAGCUGGAGAAGAACAUGGAGAAAAUCCUGAUUCGCCCAACAGCCUUCAAACCCGUGUUGCCCAAACCUCGAGGGGCACCGACCCUGCCUAGCUUCCUGGGUCCUCGAGCUGCCGGGCUGUCGGGAAGCCAGGGAAGCCUGACGCAGCUGUUUGGAGGCCCUGCCUCCUCCUCCUCUUCCUCCUCCUCCUCCUCAGCUGCUGACAAGCCCCUAGCUCUGAGUGGCUGGACCAGCGGCUGCCCCUCAGGGACACUGUCUGACUCUGGGCGGAAUUCACUAUCCAGCCUACCCACCUACAGCACAGGAGGUGCGGAGCCAGCCACCAGCUCCCCAGGCGGGCACUUGUCCUCCCAUGGACGGGGGGCACUGCCUGGGCCAGCCCGAGGGGCCCCUACCGGGCCAUCCCACUCUGACAGUGGCCGCUCCUCCUCCAGCAAGAGCACAGGUUCCUUGGGGGGCCGAGUGCCUGGGGGACUCUUGGGCAGUGGUCCCCGGGCUUCACCUGAUAGUUCCUGUGGGGACCGCUCACCCCCACCGCCACCACCUCCCCCUCCUUCGGAUGAGGCCCUUCUGCACUGUGUUCUGGAAGGACAGCUUCGCGACCGGGAGGCAGAGCUGCAGCAGCUGCGAGACAGUCUGGAUGAGAGCGAGGGGGCCACAGGCCAGGAGUUCCGGCCACGGCACUGGCCCCGAGAACGGGAGGACUGUGCAGCCCAGGCACAGCAGGCCACGCAGCGGGCACAGCGGGCUCAGCAGCUGCUGCAGCUGCAGGUGUUCCAGCUGCAGCAGGAGAAGCGGCAGUUGCAGGAUGACUUUGCCCAGCUGCUUCAGGAGCGGGAACAGUUGGAGCGGCGCUGUGCUACCUUUGAGCGAGAGCAGCGAGAGCUUGGGCCACGACUAGAGGAGACCAAGUGGGAGGUGUGCCAGAAGUCAGGCGAAAUCUCUCUACUGAAGCAGCAGCUGAAGGAGUCUCAGGCGGAGCUGGUUCAGAAGGGCAGUGAGCUGGUGGCUCUGCGGGUGGCACUGCGGGAGGCCCGGGCUGCCCUACGCGUCAGUGAGGGCAGGGCCAGGGGUCUGCAGGAGGCAGCUCGAGCCCGGGAGCUCGAGCUGGAGACCUGUUCCCAGGAGCUCCAGCGGCACCGCCAGGAGGCCGAGCGGCUUCGGGAGAAAGCUGGCCAGUUGGACACCGAGGCAGCCGGACUCCGGGAGCCUCCUGUGCCACCUGCUGCUGCUGACCCAUUCCUCCUGGCCGAGAGUGAUGAAGCCAAGGUGCAGCGGGCAGCAGCAGGGGCAGGAGGCAGUCUGAGGGCGCAGGUGGAAAGGCUGCGCACGGAGCUGCAGCGGGAACGGAGGCGAGGUGAAGAACAGCGGGACAGCUUUGAGGGGGAGCGGCUGGCCUGGCAGGCUGAGAAGGAGCAGGUGAUCCGUUACCAGAAGCAACUGCAGCACAACUACAUCCAGAUGUACAGGCGCAACCGGCAACUGGAGCAGGAGCUGCAGCAGCUCAGCCUGGAGUUAGAGGCCCGGGAGCUUGCCGACUUGGGCCUGGCCGAGCCCACCCCCUGCAUCUGCUUGGAGGAGAUCACUGCCACGGAAAUCUAGAAUUUCAUCUCCACAAAGAGCACAGUCCAAGAGUGGUGGGAGUUACAGGUCCACUCAGGCCCCAACUGAGCAUCCCCCAAGUGGAGGGUCCUAGAGCCACUCAUCCCCUGGGAUGCAGGCCCUUUGGGCCUCCGCCCCAGCAUUCAAGUGGCCCUGUGGUGUGGAGAGCCAAGAUCACACCUUGAAGGCCUAUGUUCACUGCUACCCAGAAGCUCCUAGUAUCUACUCUACCCAUUUCACUCCCCAGAUGCUGCCAUUGCCACUGCUAGCCAUUUGCCUGCCCACCCUAGCCAGGGGAGCUAGGAAGAGGAAGGUCGUUUCCCCCUUCCCGCCCCCCCGCCCCCCCCCCCCCCGGCCCAUCUCCACAUUCCCUUCACUCCCAAAGCCAGAGAGAGCCAGAGGGCCCCAGCUGCUCCUGAUGUGCCUGCCCCUACCCUGCCCAUGUUGGGGAACAGGGCUGGGAGUGGGGGGGUGGGGGGGACACCCAUUCCCAUACCCCAGCUCUGCAGCCAUGGUCCUUGGGCUAAGGGGGCUGAAAUCAGACCAAAGGAAGAACUCAGCAAUGUCCUGUUUAUUUGUGUUUGUACCAAGCAGACCUACCCAACACCCAGGUUUAUGGCCUCGUUUUCUCUUGUAUAUUUUUCACACUGUAAAUUUCUUGUACAAACCCAAAGAAAAAAAAUUAAAAAAAA